AGGGGGCGGCGUCCUGGCGUUCAAAACAGAGCCUGCCCUCAAUCCCUUUCUUAUUUCUCCUCUCCCGUCCAUUUUAGCGCUUAUUUUAACCCCGUUUUCGAUGAUUUAAAUCCCUUAGAGUCUUUUUUAGUUCUUGAUCACCUCUUUAGUCCAAUAUAAUGCGGUUGAUUUCUGUUUUUGCCCCGCGUAACACCCAAAUCCCCCUGCUCCUGUGCGCUUUCUCUUCUUCUGGCAUCCUCCCCGUGUUUGUUUCCUCGCUGCUUUCGGUGAAAAUGGACGAAUAAAAGCCGGAUAAAUGCUCCUCCCGUCGAUGAGAGACUCGGCUUUUGACAUCGAAGAGGUGUGCGUGCCCUGGGUGCAGCCUGGCCUGCGCUGCGGAGGUGAUGAAGUUCCCUGGUCAUGUGGACAACCGGCGGCUGGUGACUCUCCUGGAGGCCGCGCUGCAUCGGGAAGCUCGCCUCUGGAAGGUCCCAGUCUACAAGAACGGGCUCAUCCAGGGCACUGACACCUCUUCCGCCCAGCACCAGGAGGUGAUCCGAUGGCUGGGGGAGAUGAGCCGCUGUUUCCGCUUCUGCCCCGAGACCUUCGCUUUGGGCGUGUGUAUCCUGCACCGCAUGCUGUCCACUGUGAAGGCUCAGCCAAAAUACCUGAAGUGCAUCGCGUUCACCUCUCUGAUCCUGGCCGCCAAGAUCAACGAGGAAGAUGAGGUCAUUGGCUGUGUGAAGGACCUGGUUGUGCUGAGCGGCUGCAGCUUCUCCACAGCAGAGAUCCUUCGUAUGGAGCGCAUCAUUCUGGACAAACUGCACUGGGACCUGUACACGGCCACAACGGUGGACUUCAUCCACAUCUUCCACGCCCUGCUGGUCUCGGGACAGCCCUUCCUCAUCCCGUCCAUCGGUCUGGGCUCCGGGGUGGCCCAUCAGAACAGACCCUCGGGCCUCCAGGGGGCGCUGUGGACCAGGCAGGCGCAGCACUGCAUGGCCUGCCACCAGCUCUGGCAGUUCAAGGGCUCCACGUUGGCUUUGGCCAUCAUCACUUUGGAGCUGGAGGCGCUAACUCCCGACUGGUUUUCCAUCUGCAACGACCUGGUGAAAAAGGCACAGGUGGACAGUGCCGAGCUGAUCCACUGCAGGGAGACGGUGGACGAGUACCUCCACAGUCUGGAGUUCUCCCUCUCCGCGAACGCCGUGUACAUCCUGGACGCGGCGCAUAUCGGGACGGACAGGCAGAGGGCGCGCAGGGGGAGGGGCCAACGCGACCAGGGCGACCGCGACGACGACUACUACGAUGGUUUCGGGUGCUUGUACAGCGAGGAGAAGAUGCCCGAGUCUAACGGCGGAGUGUCUAUGAAAAACGUGUCUCCCUGCCCGCCGCUCCACCCUCCCGUCAACUAGAGGCGGCGACGACACUGUCCAGUUCUUAGUCCGAAAAUACAUUCACUUAUUAUUAUGAAGGUCCAAAAGUAAUGUUUGAACGACCACAAGUUACCUACCUGUCGUGUUUUUGAACCGGUGACCAAUCGAACGUCUUGGUCAAAAGUUUUAGUUUUAGUCUCGUUUUAUUUGUGAAUCCUUGCGUGUUGGCAGCCAUUUUUUUUUUUUUUUUUUUUUUUAUGACUAUAGACGUGGGUGUGCUAACCUCUGAUGCCACAAAACAGGAAAACUUCAGACUGAAUGUUUCACGUCGAAACAGAGCUACAAUGGUCCAUCCAAGUCGUCGACCUGUUCACGUUUUUGUACUUUUAAUGUACUUUUUGAACCCAGAGACGGUUUUGUUUUAAUGUGAAGCUAAUCGAUAAGUCCAUGUGGAAGGCGUGGUUAUUUUAUGUUCUGAGAGUCGAUCCAGAUUUAGUUUGUGGUGCUCCGGUUCUCGCCGAGCCUAACAGCACUUUCAAAAGCUUUUUUUAUUAUAAAACUAUAUUUUUUCAGAAGUCUUUAAUGUUAUUUUAACCUUUUACUUACUUUUACUAAACAUUUGCGCGAUUCUGUAAUUGUUACGUUUGGAAAAGCUUUACUUUCAUAAUAAAUGCUGCAUAAACUCGCUAUUGUCCGGUUACACCUGUCACUUUUAAAAACUUUGAGGUUAGAUCCAGAUGAACUGGCAUCAUGAGAUUCACAUGAUCAGCAUCAGUAGAACUCACUUUUAGAUCGUAGUAUUCGUAUUACUGCAUUAACAAUAUUUAAGAUUUAAGUUAAACCACGUUCUGUCUGUUCCCAUAAAGGGGACAGUAAAGUUAAUUUAAUGUACUUUUUAUUUAGCACUAUCUGUAUCUUUGCUUUUAAAAAGAAAACUAUGGAAACACAAUAUGAUCAGUGAAACUGCGUUUGUGUUGUCUCUGUUGAAGGUCUUCACUCCAAACUAAAGACAUUUAUUUAAUUCCCUGUUUGACCUCAGCGUGAACUGGUUACUGCUCAAAACUGUUGCUCCACUCGUCAGUUUACUUUGUCUUCAACAUGUUUCUUCCAAUACAAAGGCAGCUAUUCUUUGUUUCCAUUUAAAAAAACAAUAAAGCUGAGACUUAAAAAGUCAAAA